AAAGACGCUCAUUAAAGGAAAUGUGCAUACAUUCCUCAAACAGAUCAUGCAACCUAAUGCAACAUAACGUAGCCGAAAAUGUCAAGACGUUUGUUACGAAUAGGUUCUGAGUUCAAUGUACACAAGUUUGUGCUUCACACAGGUUUUAGUUAAACACUUGUCUCAGUGCGGAAGUGAUCUUUUAUCGCGCGCUAGUGUUGGUGGUUCUCGCAGUUGUGUGCAGCUUCGCAGAUCUCCAUCUCAUUGCUUCCGGAAGCUCUUUUGCCGGUAUGUUUUAGAAGUCGGAGGAUGUGCUUGACGUCUGCGUCACUUGAACGCACCCCCCUGCUGUCAGGCACACUCUGAUGUUUCACUUGUAAACUUCGUCCUGUUUUGUAAAAGAGAAAGCGAUUCGUUCGUCCUAAAAGUUCGAUCUAAAUGCAUUUUGUGCCAUAAUGGACGAGUGUGUUGGGUUCGAAACCCAGUUCUCGUCUGUUAUGCAAAACGUCCUGAGGACCGCAGUUGGUGAGGCGACGAAACUUUUCGAGCAGACUUUGCACCAACUGAAGGCUGAGUUAUUGCACCUGAGGCAAGAGAACGUCGAUUUAAAGAGCGGGAUUUUUACCCCACCUUACAAGACAAAAGAAGCAGGAGAUGGAGGUUCAAGUGCAGUUCAUGACAAACGCGAUAUUGGUGUACAAUGUGAAAAGCCCACCAUGGUUGAAAGAUGCUGCAGCCCAGCUCCGGUUUGUGACCGUCUAAACCUGCGACACAUCACGAGUGAACGUCUUGAAGAUCUCUGUUCCAGUAGUUCAGAAGAUGGAAACAGGCAGCUUGCUUUGCUUCUCAUUAAAAAAGAGCCUCAGGAGACUGACUGUGAUGAAUAUGCACCAGGAUACUUCUUACUGAAGCAAGAGGGUGCUGAGCCAAUACUGGUUCGUAAAGAGCCCUAUAAAAACACCAUGGAAAAAGUUUUGAUCCCCCCAGCAAUUCAAACAGUGAGCAGAAGCUAUGGGACCCAAAAAGAACUAUCAACCACGAAUGCGUCAUCGCCCAAGACCACUGUUUCCUGUAAUUACAGAAUGGCCUCAUCAAGUAUCAGUGUCACUCAGACUGAAAGUAUGUCUAGAGUUAGUGUAUGUUCAGCUUUGCAGAGUGAUACAGAAAGACAAAAAAAGCAAGCAUCAGCUAAAAAGUCAACUUUGUCACGAUUACCUGCUAAUUCAACACAGCCACUUCCUCCGGUUAGUGUAUCUGCCCCAACUGUCCUGUCUAACAAUCUAGGUCAGAUAUCAACACGUAGAGCCCAGCAAGCAGUGCCGUCUGUUCAAAUGGACGAGUCCCUUCAGCCAUCCAUCCAACUUGGUGUGCCUUCCUCCCAGCAAAUUGUUCAAAAUAUCCAUCUUUCAUCUACAUUUGCACAUUUUGGCCCUAAACUGGUUACGCCCCCUCUCCCUCCAAACCAAAACCCAAUUACAGAAACUUGCCCUUCUGGUCAGUUACUACAAACCAUGGUUACAAUGACGGACAAAAGAUUCUCAGGCAGCAAAUCCGUGACAUCAUUACCAGAGUGUUCCACUCAGGCUACAAAUUCGUUAGUCUCUCACCCUCAGACUGUGAUAGCCCCUGCCCAGAACAUAGCACAGCUAGGACAUUUUCAGAGUCCACGGGUCCAGGCUCCUUUUCCUCCAGACCAGCAUACUGUUGCACAAGGACAGGUUCCUACUUCAGUAUCUCAGAUUCAACCUCUACCAAACCAAAUCCACCAAAUUCCACCCACCCAAGGCCCUGUUCAACCCAUCCACCAUUCAAUUCCAGCAACCCACGCAUCAUCUCAAAUACUUGGUCAAUCAAAUGACUUACUUCCACCAAACACGCAAAGUUUAAAUCUACAAGGCCACCUUCCUCCUGUGCCUCAUCAUGAUAUGACCCCAUCAACCCAGCCCUAUUAUUCUUUGACUCCUGCAUUAUAUGGUCAAGGUUUCAUACCACUUCCAUCAAUGAAGCCUUCUGUUCCCCAAAAUUCAAUUUCCCAAAACAAUGUUCAGUCUCCACUAGAGCAUGCCACAUCGCACUAUGACAUUCUGUCUGAUCCGCUUUGUUCAUCUUCAGACCAAUUUUUCCCAACACCUGAGAACACAUCAGAUUUGCUUCAGCCCUUGCCCCACAUGCCUUUCCACUCACCUGUUGUAUUAAACCAGCAGGAAACCAAUUCUAUGAUCCAUUCCCAAUCACCUGGGCAAACUUUGCAGCUUGCACCUCUUCUUACUUUGAAGGAACAGCAAGCAGCAGCCUCCAGUCAUGGAAAUGUACCCAAGGGAGGACCUAACAUGACUGUGGAGAUCCCUAUGUCUACAGUUAAUAACUUUGACGAACAUAUGCAGAGAUAUCCCCCUCUUGCUAGUCAUGAAUCCACCUGUGAAAGCGAUUCCAUCGUGGUGGACAUGCAGAAUGAUGACCCUACAGAGAAUAAUGAUGGUAGCAGGCCUGCAGUUAUUCCUGGACCAAUACAACAUUAUACAGUUCUUUCCAAACCUGGGCCAAACUUUAUAGUACCAGAUUCCACAAAAGAACAACAGAGCUUCAGAAUAAACAUGGUCAAGGAUUUACAGAUGGACAAUGACAUUAAUAAGCAGAAAGAAGGAUGUGACACAACAUGUCAAGUGUGGGAACCAUCUGACUUAACUGGUGUCUUACCCCAGUCAGCGUUAGGUGCUCCUGGACAAACCAUUUUACAGAAACCUGCACGGAAAGUGCUGGAAAAGAAGACUGAGUGCUCUGAAUGUGGCAGGAUUCUCAGCAAUGCGUCUUCGCUGGAGAAUCACAUGAGGCUUCAUAGAGGUGAAAGGCCAUAUACCUGCUCCCAAUGCGGUAAAGCCUUCCCUAGUGUACGAGGCCUCAACCGCCAUGUAAAGGUCCACGCAGAGGAGAAAGGCUACAAGUGUGAGGAGUGUGGCAGGAGUUUCGUUUACCAGUUUACCCUGACCAAACACAAACUCAUCCACUCUGGAGACAGGCCCUUCCCCUGUAAGGUCUGUGGAAAAAAGUUCCUGGCCAAGGCAGACCGGGCAACUCACAUGCGCAUGCAUACAGGGGAGAAACCCUUUUUUUGUAGUCAAUGUGGGAAGACGUUCAAGCAUAGAGUUGCAUUGAACAUGCACAUGCAAGGACACAGAGGUGAGAAACGCUAUGUCUGCCCCCAUUGUGAGAAAGGCUUUGUGGAUUUGGGUAAUUUUAAGAGACAUAAGCGUAUCCACACCGGGGAGAAGCCAUUUGAAUGCAAAGAAUGCGGUAAGCGUUUCACUCAGUCAGCGCACCUCAAGAAACACAUCAAUACUCAGCAUACAGUAACAAAGCCAAAAUAGAAAGGUCAUAAAAUGGUCAUAGUAAAUCAUGCAAGCUCAUAAUAACUUGUGAAAACAAACCAUGUCUUCUUUUUAUUAGUUGUUGUUUUAGUAUCAACUCCUGUAUAUUAAUCGUUUUCUUCACAUGAAAGUGUUUAACAUUUUAUUGUAGUACUUUUUCAUUUUUCUUUUUUAGCAUUUUAGUAAGGCUGUGUUGUUAUCUUUGUGAAACUGUAUCAGGUAUCAUUGUCAUUUUUAAUACCAGGAAAUUAAAAGACUAAUGUUGCUAUUUAUUAUCCAUUUUGUUAAAUAAUUACCCAUGGGUUGAACCCUAAAGGAGCUCAGGUUAAACAGUUAAACUGUGAAAACGAAAAUAGUGCUGAUACACUGAUUGUGAACUUGAGUUGAACAUAAUAUGCCAAUGAAACCAAAUAAAAUGUGACGUGUUUGAUGAUAAA